CUACUUCCGGGUCGCAUUGUUGCUCAGCUACUUCGUUCGGAUACACGUGUGCGCAUGGCGCAAAAAAGAACAGCUUAUGCCAUGACUGCUUAAUAAACGCAAACUAUUAGCAGGCAUGAAAGGGCCAACAUGUGCCUGUUGUUUCACUGCCCUUCACAGGCUGUGUCAGACUGUGGGACUUCUGACGGCGUUAGGGCUGUGGGGAGUAGGUGUCGAGGCUCUAUUCUAUCAUCAUGAUCUGGGAUUCUACUUGCUACCCCUAGCUAUGGUCGUCUCUUUCUUGGAGUUGGUGUUUUUAAUCACAUACUUCGUGGAGAUAUGCAUCAGCCAAGCAAGCAUGUGCAUAGGAAUAUGGGACAGGGUGCUGUGGUUGGAUGACUGGCGAAAAGGCCUGCUAUAUGUCAUUCUGUCUGUGCCAUGCUUCAUUUCUCCUAGAGAAGUGAUGCUGGCUGUUGUUUCAGGUGUUAUGCUUGCUGUAACGGGACUUCUCUAUAGCAUCAAGACUUUCAAGACCAGGCGGGAAAGACCUAUAGAAAAGAUUUUAAGAAAGAAGUCCUAUGACAGGUUUAAAGACCCACAAGAAGAUUUGGAAGACUGCAUAGUGAACCCCACAGACAGCAUCAGUGUUAUGAAUGUAGCUGAUCAGAUUGAGAUUCUGGAAGUAUGACAGCAGAGACAGGCAACAAGCCAUAGAAGUGAUUGAUACAUGCUUGUGUGGAAAGCCUGACACACACACAAAUACUAUUAGCAAUAAUACCUUUGGCCAUAUAUAUAUAUGUGUGUGUAUUGUGCAAAGUUUUAGGAUGUUUGUUGUUAAGGGUGUGUUGUGUAUGUUGAGAAUGAGGCUGUUGGUUUACUGAAAAAGUGCCUUAAAGAAGACAAAUACAUUUUUGUCAUUUUUCCCUAAUAUCCUGAGCAUACGAUGGUGACAUUCUCAUGUUCUGCCAGUCAUCCUCAUAGCUUCAUGAAUGCAAAUCCUUUUGAUACCAGCCUUGACAUAACUGCCAUAAGCGAGAAAACUCAUGGUAGUACAUUUUAUUUAGCCAAACACAUAGCAUAAAUCAACUAGUCAUUAGUCAUUUUGGCACUGUUGAUCCCAGUGAGAGGUAUACUUAAACUGCAUGUGCAUGUACACUUUUCUUUGGUAUUGUCUAAAGCACUUUCUGUUCAGCACAGUCUUUUAACAUUUUUUUAGUUAGAAAGAUUUGCUGAAAAGAACAUAAAUCUAACAUUAUUCAAACUAUUUUUCACAUCAGCAUUUACUAUUUUCUUCUCAGUGAAGAUCUCCGUUCUCUGCAAGGAAAUCAGUUUAAGGUGAACUUUUCAGAGGCCUUUGGUUUUAUGCUUUUGAUUAACUAGUAUAAAAGGGAACAUGAAGAUUUAUCGAGUUACUCAAAACAUGAUCAGUUGGAUGGCCUGUGUAACUUGAAAUCAUUUGCUUAACAUUUGUUUUUUUUAAAAAAAAAGGUCAAAAUUGUGAAUUAUUACAAGGAUUUUUUUGUUCUGAGAAAUGCACGAGGAUCAGUGCAGAAGUUUUAGUUGUGAGGAUUUUUUUCCCGCUAGACUUGAGAAACUUACUAAGAGUGGGACAGGCAGACCUGGCAUUGUCUAAUUAGACGUAAUUUAUAGAGAUUAUUGUGUGGAUUGGUUGACACUAGCCCUAAAAGUUGUGCGUGUCAUCUGUCUGGCCAGGGAACUGGGGUAUCUCUUAAAGCUGGUUGCCAUUGAUUAAUGUGUCUAUUCUUUAUUAAACUUUAGAUUUUGUUCACUUAUGGUAUAAAGAGAUCUUUUAAAUUGUACAUUUAAACAUCUUUAUCUUUUGUGCAGACUUAGAUCCUUGGAAAGUUUAAUUCCUUUUCAAACUUUAUGGUACAUGGGCAUAGCUAUAGAGCUUUUGCCUUAGUUGCUGGCACAUUGUCAAACACAAACAGUAGCUAAAUUUGUAUACAUUUGUAUGAUGAGUGUCUUUAAUGUUCAAGCAUUAGCCACUGGGUUUGAGGCAUGCUUGGGCCAGUGGCUGUAGGUUAGCAAUAAACGUCUACCUGAUCUCAGGUUACAUGUGGAAGUGGCUGUGCACCGACAGUUUAUGCCCCAGACAGUUGAACCACUUCAAGUUCACUGUCUCUGUUGGAAUAGGCUUUGGAUUUAACCUAUUGCUGGGGCUGUCUUUUCAUGUAGUGAUCUUUUAAACUCGCGUUUCUUGAAAGUUCAGUCGUAAAGUAUCCACAUGCAUUAUUUCUUCAGCCGAUUAAAACACUAGACAGAUAACUGAAUUGCUUAGAUUACAAGGAUGUUGUGCUAGUAUAUAACUCACGUAAUAAUUACUAUAGCAUGUGUAAACAAGCAUAUGUUGGGUGUGAAAACUUCAGUGAGGACUGAAAGUUUAAUAUAAGAAAUUUAAACUUGAAUACUGACUCUUGAAACAGUUAUAUGCAACUGUUAUUCAAGCAGGGACGGUCUGCAUAUCAUUUUAAGUCAGCCAUUAGACUACACGUCACAAUGCAAUUUAGUAUUGAAAAAAUAAACCCAGCCAGUUUAUCAGCUGAGACAGCAAGAGGGGAAAAAAUUCUUGGGAAAUAAAUCUGUUCAUGGCCAAAUUCUUAGAGAGUUCUUGGAGGUGUACUUUGUAGACAAUAAGCUGUGCAUGAGUGUCUCUUUGCCACAUGCAUCUUUGUUUUACUGUUGCCUAUGUGCCUUGGGAUUCCAUGAACUGUUAUUUUCUUCUGCUGUGUUGCUGCAUUUGGGUCAAAUGAAUUGGAUGAAUUGCUGGCAACAAUAUGAGAAAACACAAGUGGUGGGAACACCUACUGCAGGAUAUAGGGACACAUGAAAGGCAGGGAUAUAAUGAAAUCUAAUCAUUUAAAAUGCCGGUGACAUUAAUCUUGUAUAUUCUUUAUAGCAUUUUUAUUGUAACUUUGCCUCGUUUUCAGAUUGUAUUGCAUGCUAUUGCAAAAAAAGUAUUACAAAUACAGCCAAGUGUGUUGAGAGAAAGCUCACUGCAUUUUUACCUUUCUGAAGGUAAUACAAAGAGAUUUGUGAACAAGAUGUAUACAUUGUCAAGAGUAUUUUACAGUUGUUAACUUUUUUCAAAGUGAGAUUUAGCUUUUUAUUUCAUAUACAAAACAUGGGUCUGAUUCCUGGAUUUUGGGUUUUUUUUUUAAAGUGAAUCUCUUAUUGUUUACUGUUUUGGUCAGAACAGAUAUACUAUACAGUAUCAUAUAAUUUGUGUGCCUUAUUUCUUUUACCUUUGUUUGAAUUCUUUCCUUAGAAGAAAGAUGUUUGUUACAGCUGCAAAAAGAUCUGUUUCUUUUUUAUAAAGUACAUAGAGUUUGUGGGCAUUUGGAGAAGAGCAUGUUAAAAAGCAAGCUUUGUCAGUUUUACAGCAUGUUCUGAUAUGAAUUUAGAUUUUAAAAAGAGUUGUGUGGUGUAUAAUUUUAACUGAACACUUUUAGAUAAAAACAAUAUGCAGCUUGUUUUCGUGUAUUUGUACUUUUAAAUGAUUGUCAGUUAGGCGAUAUCUAAUUUUGUGGGUACCUGUAUGCUUGGGUGCAUGUGCAAAUGUUAUUGUGCUUUUAGAAGUACUUGUGAAGGAUGAAAAACAGUUAAGUCUUGCAAAAUUAUUUUACUUCUAUUCGCUGUGUGGAAUUAUUUGCAGAAUCAGCAUUCUUUGGCAGUCAUCUUUGUUAAGGCAACAGUGAGAUUUCUUGUUUGCUGAUUCUAUGCUUUCUUUAACAUUAACAAAAAUUAGCAACUUUUUGAUGCAUCUUUUCUGUUAAAAUGCACUGGUGUAUCUCUCGUUAUUCUAUGUCCUGUCUUCAAUAAACAAUCAAUAAUCCCACAUGAACUGUUUAAGAUGUCAUGUUAGUUUGAAAAGUGCUUUGAUUUUGUUCUAUACUUUGUCAGAACACUGUUAUCAUCUAAUGGGUGAGUGAACAAAUUACUGGGAAAAUUCCUGUGCAUGGUUGGAAAACAUAUCUGAUUGCAUGUCUUGAAAAUCCUGUCUGGUGAAAAGUUUGGUAUAACGUUGGUAUAACGAUGCAAACACCUAAGGAUAUUACAACUGUUGCUUAUCUACUUGGAUAGUACAUACCAGUGUUGCCUUAUUUGCUUACGCAGUAUUCAGGCCAUACUAUUAAAGGAGAUUGAAUGACA